GCCGGUACCAGAAGAUACCAAAUCCACUCGGUUUAUGCGUUAUAUUAUUGGAAGAUGUUAUGAUGGCUUCGACUGCAACUCCAACGAGCAUUACUGCCAGUACCGGAGCUUUUUCAGAUGGCAUGUUGGAUUCAGUAGUAUUCUGUAAAAAUGAUCUACCAGCAGACGGUUACAUGACAAUGGAAAGCAUACGGCGGCAAGGAAAACUCUGCGACGUGACACUGAAGGUUGAAGACCACAAAUUUACAGCACAUCGCAUCGUAUUGGCGGCUUCCAUUCCAUACUUCCAUGCAAUGUUUACCACAGAUAUGGUGGAAAGCAAACAAGAAGAAAUUACCAUGUCUGGCAUUGAUCCAAGUGCCUUGGAAGUCCUAGUGAACUUUUCAUACAGUGGUCGUGUCAUUAUCAACACCCAGAAUGUCCUAUCUAUACUUGUCUGUGCUAAUUUCCUUCAACUCCAAGUCAUAAAAGAAGCUUGUUGCAGUUUCCUCAAAGAUCGCUUGGACCCUUCCAACUGCCUUGGUAUACGUCGGUUUGCAGACACCAUGGUGUGUGGAGAUUUAUUCCAGGCUUCCACUAGUUUCCUUCAUAAGCAGUUUGUAGAUGUCUCAUCCUCGGAUGAGUUUAUGAUGCUGAGUAAGGCCGAUUUCAUUGAGAUCCUAGAGAUGGACGGGCUCAAUGUCACAGGGGAGGAACAGGUGUUUGACGCUCUUAUAGGAUGGGUGAAACACGAUGAGGAGGUUAGACAGGAAUAUAUGCCAGAAUUACUUGGUCUAGUAAGACUACCUCUGAUACGGCCUCAGGUUCUUACAGAUCAUAUAUCAACGGAAGAGAGGGUCAAAGCUUGCCAUAAAUGCAGAGACCUAGUAGAUGAAGCUAAAGACUACCAUUUAAUGCCAGAAAGACGUUCUCUUCUUCAAAGUAAACGCACCAAACCUAGAUGCUGCAAUGACAUCUCAGGUCUUAUCUAUGCAGUAGGAGGCCUAACACGCUCAGGUGAAUCCUUGAAUGCAGUAGAAGUCUACGAACCUGUCAACGAGACCUGGAGUGUGACCAAGCAGAUGACAACGAGACGUAGCCGGGUUGGCGUAACAGUAUUAUCGGGACGACUCUAUGCUGUAGGAGGAUAUGAUGGCCAUUCUAGACUGAACACGGUAGAAGUCUUUGACCCUAUCAGCAAUGAAUGGUGGGAUGUAGCACCCAUGAAUCACAGGAGAAGUGCCCUUGGAGUAGCAGCAUUAGAUGGCCGCGUCUAUGCCUGUGGUGGGUAUGAUGGGAUAUCUUCUCUCAGCUCUGUGGAAUGUUAUGACCCAGAAACUAACAAGUGGUAUGUUGUUGCUGAUAUGACAAAGUCAAGGAGUGCUGCGGGUGUAGCUGUUCUCAGUGGUGAGAUCUUUGCUGCCGGUGGACACGAUGGUCUUCAAAUAUUUAGCACAGUGGAGUGCUUCAAUCGCUUCACUGGUCGCUGGACAGUGGUACAACCAAUGCAGAGUAAGAGAUGUCGUCUCGGAGUCACAUCUUUCAAUGGUAAACUCUACAUCUGUGGCGGUUACGACGGCUCAAAGUUCCUCAACACCGUUGAAGUCUAUGAUCCUGUAGCAAACGCUUGGACCUAUGCAGCACCCAUGAACUCUCGAAGGAGUCGUGUGGCUCUCGUCGCCAAUAGAGGGCGACUGUAUGCAGUUGGAGGUUAUGACGGACUUACGAAUCUGAACACUGUAGAGAUGUAUGAUCCUCAAAAGGAUGUAUGGACUUUUGUAUCACCGAUGCAGUCGCAUGAAGGAGGCGUAGGUGUCGGUGUUAUACCCCUUUCUGUGUGAUUGUGCAAUUUUCCUUGUCAUCUCUUAACCUCAGACACUGAGCUCGUCAUUCAUUGAAAGGUGCCACUCAAUAAGACAUUCCUUGUUUCUAUCUCUGUGGGAGUAAGCAAAUUCCAAGCUUCAAAAUGGUAUGCCGUUUGCCAUGACUUGAUGGAGAAAUUUCUUAUGAAAUACCUUGGAGGAUGUGAGAAAGUCUGAUGAGUAUCUUUCAAGAAUAAUGGUGAAAAUGAGUCUUAAAUAGUGAGAUCACUAGCGUGUAUAAACAUGUUAUAGCCACAGCAAAAAGAAAAAAGAGGUAAAUCAAAUAUCCUUAUGAUAAAUUAUGAAAGGAUUCUUGAAUUAAAGGGGUACUCCAGG